UUAAUCUGAAAAUCCCUGAUUUGGAGGAAACCGGAAGUGUCGUUGCUUCACUGUGCUCUCGAGCUGGCGGCGGGAUAGUUGUGUAGUUUAUUAGUGAGUUUUAAACAUAGACAGUAUAAGAACGGUUUGAAGAAGACAGAGCUCCAGAAUCCAGAGUGAGUCCAGCAGCCCCAGUGGACAUCUGCUGGAUUUCAGGACAAGAGAGGAAUGGAGGAGGACAACCAGAACCUGGAGCAGCGGAGCAACAAGGUCCCCAGAAGACAAGCAGCACACUGGGACUCUGAUACCAGCAAUGUUCAGAAACGGAGAGGAGGAGCGGGACCCAAACGUCAACACUGUGACAAAUCCUUCACAACAUCUGGAUAUUUAAAGAUUCAUCAGAGAGUUCACACUGGAGACAAUCUACACAGCUGUGAUCAAUGUGGGGCAGCUUUCACACUACAGAGUAACCUAAAAAUCCAUCAACGCAUUCACACUGGAGAAAAGCCUUACAUCUGUGAUCAAUGUGGGGCAGCUUUCACACUACAGGGUAACCUAAAUGUCCAUCAACGCAUUCACACUGGAGAAAAGCCUUACAGCUGUGAUCAAUGUGGGGCAGCUUUCACACGACAGAGUACCCUAAAAAGACAUCAGCGCAUUCACACUGAAGAAAAGCCUUACCGCUGUGAUCAAUGUGGUAAAACCUUUUCUCAGAGUGGUCACCUUCAAUCUCACCAGCGUGUUCACACUGGAGAGAAGCCGUACUGGUGUGAUCUGUGUGGUAAAACCUUUUCUAGGAGUGGUAGCCUAGAAAUUCACAGACGUGUUCACACAGGAGAGAAGCCGUACAGCUGUGAACAAUGCGGGGCAGCAUUCACACAUUUAAAUAACUUACAAUCCCACCAACGUGUUCACACUGGAGAGAAGCCUUACAGCUGUGAACAGUGCGGGGAAAUGUUUUCUCAGAGUAGUGGCCGUAAAAAACACCAGUGCGUUCACACUGCCUCGUUGUGAACAUGUUUCAGAGCCAAGCUGUUUCCUCCUGCCUCCUCCUCAUGCCCUGAUAGCUGUGUUGUUAUUUUCUGAUCCUCUCUCCACAUUGAAGGGAUUUAUUCCACUCAAAACAGAGUACCCUAAAAAUACAUCAACGCAUUCACACUGGAGAGAAGCCGUACUGGUGUGAACAAUGUGGGAAAACGUUUUCUCACAGUAGUAACCUUAAAUCUCACCAGCUCGUUCACACUGCCUUGUUGUGAACAUGUUUCAGAGCCAAGCUGUGUCCUCCUGCCUCCUCCUCAUGCCCUGAUAGCUGUGUUGUUAUUUUCUGAUCUUCUCUCCACGUUGAAGGCUGACCAGCAGUAACUUUAUCUUCUGAACAGCAUGUAUGUUAUCCUGGCUACGACUACACAUUACACUCCCUCCCUUUGAAGGGAUUUAUUCCACUCAAAAUUACUUUGUUUUCCUGUAAUAACAUAUUCUGAGUUCAGGGUUCAACUGCUAGUGCUUUUUAACCAAUGCUGUGUUUGUUGUUCUUAAUUAAUCACCUGGUAAAUACAAUUUACAAAAAUCCCCAUCACUGUUUACUAAGGUGAUGUCAACUUGCUGAAAUAUUCAGUUUAUUGUCACUUUAGAUGACAAAAGCUUUAAUCAGAACAUGGCUGCUGCUUAAAAAAUGACGAACAGUUAUUGUGUUUAAACUGCGUCUGUGCCACCGCCAUCUUGGGACAGACAACUGAUCUUAAAGACUCAGAAAAAGAUUGUUGUACUGCUUUUGGAUGUUCAUGUGAAAGAAAUGCUAAACUAAGCAACAUGGGAUAACCUUUCACGGAUGAAAAAUGUGUUUUACAAUAAAAAUAAGUGGCUGUCCUGAUACUGAAUUGAGCUAAUGCUAGCUUGUGUCAGGUCAUGUAUGAUUUAUUUAAGUGAUUAUUAAUAUCUCAGUAAGAUGCUGAAAACAAUGUUUGUUAUGUGUGUCACUGAACAGUUCCUCACAUCAUUCCCCAUAGACCCCCAUGUGAAAAAAUCCAAACUUUACAUCAGAAAUAAACAUGUUUACAGCCUGGUAAAAAAAAAAAAUGGUUUUGGUUUAUAAAUCUAAUUUCACACUUCAUAACAACUGUUUAUAUAACUCACCUGUUUAAAUUGUAUCAAGGCUUAAAUCAGCAGACUGUCACUAGCUUCAUAAUAUU